AUGGCUUCCCUUCUCGUGUCAUCUGUCGCAACAGCACAACCAGAUGAUGAAUUUUCUGGUCCAAAGCCAAUUGUACCCCAGGUUCUCGUGAUCACCAACUUGCUCCGUACUCUGGAUCUGUCUAGACCCAUGAUUCGGGAGAUCACCUCGGCAGCCCUUCAGAACGUCGCAGAGGAGAACGUGACCGAAUACUACUUCCCUGUCGAUCAGGGCUACUCCGAUAGCCUCGCCUUCAUCACCGCCGAAAACAGAAAGACCAAGGAGAAUCUUGAGGUCACCAAGGACCCAGAGUACUUUGACGCCGAUUUCCAAUAUUACAAGAUUAAGCUAUCGGAGCCAUUGCCCCCGGGCGAAAAGGUGCAGGUUACUGUUAAGACAUCACUUACAGGUCUCAUUCGCCCUUAUCCCGUGGCCGUUGGACAGGCCGAGCGCCAGCAGUUCAUUUACUUUGGAAACCCAUUCGCGCUGACCGCAUACCCAGCUACCAAACAAAAGACCACUGUUAUUACCUCCAACAACGUCUUGGAGGUUCAUGAGCACCCAGAGGAGUCCCAGCCGUUGAUCAAGAACAACCAGGUCAUCCUUGGACCCUACAAUGAUGUCAGGCCAUUGGAGCACGGUAUCUUUGAGAUCCAGUACCAGUUGCAGGGCCCAGUUCCGCACGUCCGUCAUCUGCGUCGCGAUAUUGAGAUCUCUCAGUGGGGUAACAACCUUGCAGUCGAGGAGCACUACAAUUUUGUCAACAAGGGAGCCAAUCUGAAGGGUCAUUUCAGCAGAUUGGAUAUGCAGCGCAACCCCAUUGGUAUGCGUGAGGGCAACGGUAUCUUGCUGAUCCCAACGCAGCUUCCCAAGCUCGCUCGUGACAUCUACUACCGUGAUGAGAUCGGAAACAUUUCGACCUCAACUUUGGCAGAGCAGCCCGAUUUCAUCCUGUUCACUCUCCAGCCCCGCUUCCCGAUCUUUGGAGGCUGGAACACGACCUGGUAUACCGGCUACAAUGUUCCUCUGGAUGGAUUCCUGCGCCGUGUCCCCGGCACGAGCAAGUAUAUCCUUAAGGUCCCAGUCUUUGUGGCGUUAAGAGAGACCAGCUACGAUGACGUUGAGAUCCGAAUUGUUCUCCCAGAAGGAGCCAAGAACGUGAAUGUGCAGUUGCCAUUUGAGGUUGAUGAGGUUGAGCACUCGAACACCAAGACCUACAUGGACAGCGCUGGACGUUACACUGUCACUAUUCGCGCCACGAAUCUGAUUGAGGAGCACACGCAGGAGAUGUUGAUCGAGUACGAGUUCUCGGCCGUGUCUUAUCUCACGAAGCCCCUUUCUGCCGCGGCCAUGUUGAUGGCAAUCUUUGCGUCAUCGAUGCUGUUCUCCAGAAUGGAUUUUAAGAUUGGAGGAUCGCUCGUGACGAAGUAG